CCCAAUUAUUGUUGUGUCUAGUUAUUUAUUUUCUUCCUGUCACUUUAGGUACAUGUUUAAACAUUACCAACAUUUUCUCAUUUUCCAAUUUGCUGUGGACGAGAUCAACAAGGACCCCCAUUUGCUACCCAACAUAACUCUGGGAUACCAGUUGUUCAGUAACUUCCAUUCUAAUGAACUAGCUGUGGAGAACUCUUUGAUUUGGUUGUCAGGGAUGGGUCCAACCAUUCCUAACUACAAUUGUGAAAUGCAGCACAAAUCAGUGGCUGUCAUUGGUGGAAUUUCUUCUAUACUAUCCAUGGCCAUGGCCACCAUGUUAGGACUCUAUCAAGUCCCACAGGUCAGCUAUGGCCCAUUUGAUCUUCUCCUGGCUGAUAAUGUCCAAUAUCCACAUGUCUUUCAGAUGGGCAGCAGGGAAUCCACUCUGCAUCUGACAGUGAUCAAAUUAAUGUUGCAUUUUGGCUGGACUUGGGUAGGGCUGGUUAUUUCAGAUAACAUGAGAGGGGAACAAUUCUUCAACAAUUUGAAAGAGGAGAUGACCACGAGUGGUAUGUGUCUGACUUUCAUGGAACGAAUUCCCCAAAAUAUGGGUCUUGAAUAUGAUAAUUCCUUUAAACUCUUUUCUAAGAUCAUUUCAUCAUCAUCCAAUGUGAUUUUCAUCUAUGGAAAUACAGACUCUCUUAAUGAAUUGUCUAUUACAAUGAAUGAUUUUAACUUGUAUGGAAAAUUGUUGAUCACCACCUCUUCUUGGGAUUUUUCUUCAGAUUUUACUAAAGAAAUGAGCCCUUUUCAUGGUACACUAAUAAUUUCUCAAAUCAAAAGGGAAAUUCCUGGUUUCACAGAUUUCCUAAGAAGUGUGAAACCCACUGUGAACACUGAGGAUAUUUUCCUAAAGAGUUUCUGGGAGAUAGCCUUUAAUUGUAGACUUUCAAAAAAGGGUACUUUAGAACUGCUGGAUUCUUUUUGCCCUGAAGGUGUGUCCUUUGAAGAUGCAUCUCAUAUCCAUUUGGAUAAGACCAUAAUGGACCUGAGUUAUAAUAUCUACAAUGGAGUCUAUUUAUUGGCUCAUGCUUUCCACCAACUGCUUGAAAGACAUGGGAAUAACUCUUUCUUUUCGCAUGGAGUAACCAAUUUCUCUCCUUACCUUCAGCUCCACCGCUUCCUGAGAUGUGUCAAUCCUGACCUUGAUGACAAGGAUGAAUUAUGUGUGUAUGCUGCCAGGAUGGCUGAUGAGAGAUAUGAUAUCCUGAACUUUAAAUCUUUCCCUAAUCAUAAGGACACACAGGUGAAAGUUGGAGAAGUAAUUGGUCAUGGAAAAGAAUUAAGCAUUCAUGAAGAGGAUAUAGAGUGGCCAGAAGAAUUUGCUCAGACUCCAAGUUCUACAUGCAGUGCCAGCUGUGGCCCCGGCUUCAGGAAAACGCUCCAGGAAGGUCAGCCCAUCUGUUGCUUUGACUGUACUCUCUGCCCUGAAGGGGAAAUUUCCAAUCAGUCAGAUACAGAGCAGUGUCUGAAAUGCCCUGAAGAUCAAUAUCCAAACAAGGAGAAAGAUAGAUGCCUGCCCAAGACAGUGACUUAUCUGGCUUAUGAAGAGCCUCUGGGAAUGACUCUGACUGUUGUAGCUCUCUCCCUCUCCCUCCUGACUACUCUUGUCCUUGGAAUCUUCGUGAUGCACAGAAACACCCCAAUAGUCAAAGUCAAUAACCGCAGUCUCAGCUACACUCUGCUCACCUCUCUCACCCUUUGCUUCCUCUCCUCCUUGCUCUUCAUUGGGCGUCCUACUCCAGCCACCUGCCUCUUAAGACAAACCACAUUUGCCAUUGUAUUCACAGUGACUAUUGCUUCCAUCUUGGCCAAAACCAUCACUGUGGUUCUGGCCUUUAGGGCCACUACCCCAGGUAGUAAGCUUAGAAGGUGGCUGGGAACAAGAGUAUCUUAUUUACUCAUUUUCAUUUGUACCCUUAUCCAGAUGGGCCUCUGUGGCAUCUGGCUGGGGACAUAUCCCCCAUUCCUUGAGAUGGAUACACAAUCUGAGGCUUCCUUCAUUGUCUUUCAGUGCAAUGAGGGCUCCCUUGUUGCCUUCUACUGUGUCCUUGGCUACAUGGGCUUCCUGGCCUUGGUCAGCUUUACAUUGGCUUUCCUGGCAAGGAAUCUGCCAGACACUUUCAAUGAAGCCAAGUACCUGACAUUCAGCAUGCUGGUGUUUUGCAAUGUCUGGAUUUCCUUCUUGCCUACAUAUCAGAGUACCAAAGGGAAGGUCAUGGUGGCCAUGGAGAUCUUUUCCAUCUUGGUCUCCAGUGCUGGGAUUCUCAUCUGUAUCUUUACUCCCAAAUGCUAUGUGAUCCUUCUGAGGGCAGACAGAAAUACUCUGAGCAUUCUGAAAAGCAAAGCUAAUCCAUGA